AUGGGCGCAAUCACCUCAAGCAUCUGGGCCACUCCAGACCUCAAGUUCGACAGCGUGAUCAAGCUUUCCAACGGCGUGACCAUGCCGCGCCUGGGCUUCGGCGUAUGGCAGGUCGACCCCGCCGUGUGCACAUCGGUAGUCGAGACAGCCCUGAAGGCAGGAUAUCGACACGUCGACUCAGCCCAGGCGUACCGCAACGAGGCCGAGGCUGGCGCAGCACUGCGGUCAUCGGGAGUCGUGAAGCGCAAGGACGUCUUCUUCACGACCAAGAUCCCGCGGGAUCUUGGGAGUGUAGAUGCCAAUUAUGCUAGUGUCGUGGAGAGCGUCAACAAGAUCAAUGGCGAUGGACCGGAUGCGGACGCGUAUGUUGAUUUAUUCCUCAUCCACACGCCGCGGAUGGGCGCUGAGGGGAUCAAGAACGUGUGGUUGGCGCUGGAGAAGUUACUUAAGGAGGGGAAGACACGGAGUAUUGGAGUGAGCAACUUCAGUGGGCAGGAUAUCCAAGGUAUGAAGGAGUAUGCUACUGUGUGGCCACCGCACGUCAACCAGAUCCAGCUCAACCCUUGGGUUCAAGAGAAGGAAGUGGUUAAGUAUUGUGAAGACAACGGAGUCGUGCUCCAAGCCUACAGCCCUCUGGCAACUGGAAAGAAGCUGGAUGACCCGACAGUUGGUGAGAUUGCAAAGAAGUACAACAAGUCCCCGGCCCAGGUCUUGAUUCGUUACGCUCUCCAGAAGGGGUGGGUGCCUCUUCCCAAGAGCGUCCAUAAGGAAAGGAUUAUCGAGAACACGCAGCUUUAUGACUUUGACAUCUCUUCGGAGGAUAUGACAACUUUGGAUGGCCUGGAUGGGAAAUAG